AUGGCCACCUUUGCCGAUCCACUCUUCAAGCGCCACGUGGCAAUCGCCAAGAUGAUGGCUGGCGUGGCUGCCAGGCUGGCAGGCAACCACCGCCUGCCCUUCAACUACACCGCCUAUGCUGUCCACCUAGAGCAUGACGUGGCUAGGCUGCAGGCUGACGUGGCAGAACAAGGCACCCCGUCAUCUCUCUCCGUGGCGCUGCUCUUUGCGUCUGUCUCUCACCUCCUGGCUGCUGCUCAAAGUAUUGAAGCGGAAAUCAAGGUGUGGAAACUGGUAUUCCAUGUUCAGGUGUGGUGCACAGCGGUGGGGAGCACAGCGGUGGGGUGCACAGCGGUGGGGUGCACAGCGGUGGGGUGCACAGCGGUGGGAUGCACAGCGGUGGGGGUGCACAGCGGUGGGAUGCACAGCGGUGGGAUGCACAGCGGUGGGAUGCACAGCGGUGGGAUGCACAGCGGUGGGAUGCACAGCGGUGGGAUGCACAGCGGUGGGAUGUACAGCGGUGGGAUGCACAGCGGUGGGAUGCACAGCGGUGGGAUGCACAGCGGUGCUUGGGGCAUUGAAUCUGCUCUGCACGCAAUCGAAACGAGCAGCACUGCUUGCCAGUGCAGGGGGGGAACGUGUCCUAUGGAGGGCGCAUCUGGGAAAGGUGGCAACUUCCCGGCGUCCUUUGACGGGGUGAACGAGCGCCUCUUUCUGGCGGAGCGGGGGUUCCUGGACAGGCAUGGCAUCGGGCCUCAAUACACGUGGUUCAAGCACCUGGUGGGUGGGAGGGUCGUGUGGUAUAACAUUCUGUAG